AUGUUAGAAAAAUUUGACGGCGGCAAAUUUAAGUACGUCAAUUCAAUCAUUACAUGUGAUGAAACUUGGCUUUACUAUUUUGAUGUCCCAACUAAAUCCCAAAGCAAAGUAUGUGUGUUUCAAGAUGAAGAUACGCCAACGUCUGUCAAAAUGUCUCAAACUGUUAAAACAAGAAUGGUGGCUGUAUUUUUCUCAAAACGCGGAAUACUGUCGACUAUCGUGCUUGAUAAACAGAAGACUGUUACUGCAAGUUGGUACACGGAAAAAUGUUUGCCUCGAGUUUUAGAAGCGUUGAAAAAUGAGCGACCAAACUCAAGACUCGACACAUGGUUUCUGCAUCAGGACAACGCUCCCGCACAUCGGGCUGGCUGA